AUAUUCGUUAUUUUGAAUUGAAACAGGAAUAGUAACAGGACAUUUUUGGCAGGAAUCAUAUUUUCUUUUGUUCCGUGAGUGUUUCAUAGAUUGUCCUGCUUCAAUAUUUUAAAAUAUAUCUACUAAUAUAUAAUAAAUAUUAAUUUUACUGGUUUCUUGAAUAAAAAAGAUACUCAUCUAAUACAUAGUGUAUUCGGUGAUGCUUAAGGAUAAACAAAACUCUUAAUCAAGUGAUAUCACAAAUGCAUAACAAUUUUAAACAAUUACGAAUAUCUAAGGCAUCGCCUGCUUCCAGUGAAAGUUCAGUAAAUAAUUCAGAAACUAUAACCACAUCCACAAACGAACAUAAUACUUAUUUAGCGAAUAAUAAACCAAAAGAAAGCCGUAUAAACAAAUCUACAGAACUGAUGCCGCCACCAAAACUACCUUUGUCUUCUAAAACAGUUGUAUCUAUACAAGAUAACAGUGACAAAGAAAAUGAUAAGGAGAACAGGAAUAUUAAAGACAUUCACACAGACAAGAAUGAAGACCAAUACAAUGUUAAGAAUAAAAAUCAAAGCGAGAAGAAAUGGGUUUUAACAGAUUUUGAUAUUGGGCGUCCAUUAGGAAAAGGGAAGUUUGGUAAUGUUUAUUUAGCUAGAGAAAAGAAAUCAAAAUUUAUUAUUGCUAUGAAAGUGUUAUUUAAGGCGCAAAUACAAAAAGCUGAUGUAGAACAUCAAGUUAGAAGAGAAAUAGAAAUUCAAACACAUCUGAGACACCCAAACAUAUUGAAAAUGUAUGGUUAUUUCCAUGAUGAUAAGAGAGUGUACCUAAUUUUAGAAUAUGCCCCAAAUGGGGAAUUAUUUAAAGAAUUAAACGCUCAACCAGAAAAGCGUUUUGAUGAAGUUAGAACAGCUACAUAUAUAUCUCAAUUAGCAGAUGCUUUGAGAUACUGUCAUAGUAAGAAAGUCAUACAUCGUGAUAUUAAACCGGAGAAUUUAUUGCUUGGAAUAAAGGGUGAAUUAAAAAUGGCAGAUUUUGGUUGGUCUGUUCAUGCCCCUUCUUCCAGAAGAAACACUUUAUGCGGGACAUUAGAUUAUUUGCCACCUGAAAUGGUUGUUGGAAAAACACACGAUCAUACUGUAGAUUUAUGGGGUCUUGGUGUUUUAUGUUACGAAUGUUUAGUUGGUACUCCACCAUUUUUAGCUAAAACUUAUGAAGAAACAUAUAUGAAGAUCAAAAAAGCUCAGUAUAAAUUUCCAGAUUAUGUCAGUGAAGAUGCUAGAAACUUGAUAUCCAAAUUGUUAGUUGUUGAUCCAGAUCGAAGACUGCCUUUAGAAAAUGUUUUAAAACAUACUUGGAUUGUACAAAAUCGAACUACUGAACCACAUUGUUCAGUAUUGAAUUAGUUGGUUCUAAUAAAUACUGUUUUAUGUCCACGUGUAUGAAAUGAAAAUCUAAACAUUGCUGUGACUGCAAUUACAGAAUAAUUUGUAAUGAGUAAAGAAAGAAAAACA